UUUUAUUUUAUUUACUCUCUUUUUUCUCCGUUUCAAUUUCAAUUUCAAUUCCACCGAAAACAGUAAUCAUCUCUCUCUGUAGAAGAGUAAGCUAGAGCGAUCAUGGGUGGCGGUAGUAACUGCUCCUCUCCUUCUUCAACUGAGGAUGUAUCACCAUCUAGCCAAGGUUUCCCGCACGAUUCUGUUUCAAGUCGAGAUGAUGAGUGCCUGAGUCAUAAAUUAGUGAAUAGUCCAAUUGAGGAGGCUGCUGAGAGGCAGAGAUUGAAGGUUUACGCACAGGUUUUGAGGAGUUAUGAGGAUUUGCAGCCUAAGAUUGACAGAUUGGAGGAGGCUAAAAGUAGAAUUUUGAGCUAUACUCCCCCCAUUGACUUCAGAAAGUCUGAUGUGCCACAUCCCACCCCACUCUUAGUGAUUGGCCCCAAGGGUUCCGGGAAGAGCAGUCUCAUUAACAAAAUAUCUCGGGUUUUUGAGGAUGACGUGUUCCAGCCUGCAAGAGCCCAAGUGUCGAGUAACUCGUCUCCUGAAGACGGGACCUAUUUCAUCCACGAGUACAGGAUUCCAAUAAAUUCAGUUUGUUUCAGUUUGUUUGACACCCGCGGCUUGUCUGAUGACUCGUCCGAAAACCUUAAUAUGAUCGAGCCUUGGAUGACAGAAGGCGUCCGCAAUAGGAAGAUGGCCGUAAGAGAAUCCGACAGUGAGACUUUUAAAGCUCGGUUGGAGUGUAUGGAUUGGGAGGAGAGCUCUUCGGGUCAGGCAACCCCAAUUGCCUUUGUCAUCUUAGUCGUGAACGGGCUAUCUGUGUUGGAGUCAAUGGACAGCACUGAUGAAACGAAGAAAGGGUACUCUGAAAUAAUCAAAACAACUUUCAAGAAUCCGUUGUUGUCAUUUAGAGAUGACAAACCUGCUGUCGUAGUCACGCACGGAGACUUACUGUCCCUCUCUGAUCGCGUGAGAGUACGUGUUUAUCUUGGAGAACUGCUGGGUGUCCCUCCAACUGACCAAAUCUUUGACAUCCCAGAGAAUGAUGAUCCUGCCACCACAUCAGCAAUAUUUAAUUUGUUGUUUUUCUCCCUCGACCGAGCUGACCGGUGUCUUCCCCUCAUAGACGAAGACCUGUUCACGUACAAGGUGAAUGUCAUAGUAAAAUUUCUCAUCAUGAUGAUCAUUACAGCAAUAUUCAUCUUCUGGAUGGUUGCCGGCCUCCACCCUUGUCGGCCAGGAGCACCGCCAUCCGCCAAUGAUUCCCUCCAACAUGGUCCGCCACAAGCACCACUGUUCAACGUGGAUUGGCAUAAGAUUCGACAUAUGUGGUUGGAGGAGUAGCUCCGUUCGACAUUGGCACACACACAGAGCCACCGAGGCGCUUAAGCUCCUACCGCGCUAAAAAAUUGCUUUUUUGUUCAUAUAGCAUCGUCGGAUUUUUAAUAUUUUGCGUGAAUUGCAGUAAUUUUAGUAUUUUAUGUGA